GCACAUCUUAGUCACACGCAUACGCGCACACAACGGCAACGUCUACAAUUUUUUUUUUCGUGUGUGUUCGACAUUCAUAAUUUUUGUGGUGGAGCGAACUGCCUGCAACAAAAAGAAAAUUUAACCAAAUUUGCCGAAAAGGCCGUAUACAUCGAACAAAAUUAAAUUUAGCCAGAAACCUAUCUCGUGAGCCCUGUGACCUAAACACACGGAGCAACACAUCGUUUUGGAGUAGAGGAAGUAACAAAGAAGCCGCCCAGAAGAAGGAAGCCACCUAGAAGAAGCUGGAAAAAGUUGAAGGAAAGCAGAGAAAAUGUCGAGUCUGCCACGCCGUAUAAUCAAGGAGACACAGCGCCUGAUGCAGGAGCCGGUGCCUGGGAUCAAUGCCAUACCGGAUGAAAAUAAUGCUCGCUAUUUCCAUGUGAUCGUCACCGGGCCCAAUGACUCUCCCUUCGAGGGUGGCGUCUUCAAGCUGGAACUGUUUCUGCCCGAGGACUAUCCGAUGUCGGCCCCCAAGGUGCGCUUCAUAACGAAGAUCUAUCAUCCCAAUAUCGAUCGUCUGGGCCGCAUCUGUUUGGAUGUGCUCAAGGACAAGUGGAGUCCAGCGCUGCAGAUACGCACGAUUCUGCUGUCGAUUCAGGCUCUGCUCAGCGCACCCAAUCCCGAUGAUCCCCUGGCAAACGAUGUGGCCGAGCUCUGGAAGGUCAAUGAGGCGGAGGCCAUACGCAAUGCCCGCGAGUGGACCCAGAAGUAUGCUGUCGAAGACUGAAUCCUUGUCAUUGCCGGCACCUUAUCAUAGCCUUGAACGAAGCAGGACGACACGAAAGCACGAGAUGAUAAUGCAUGGAAGGAGGAUGAUCUUGCGAUGGGUGCGUGACGGGGACAGCGACUGGAGUUGUAGGGCGGGUGGGGUAAAACAAUGCAUAAGCAUAUAUUAAAACUCUAAAGAAAAACACGAAAGAAAACAACAAAUAAGAGAAGAAAAUGUUAUAAAUAAUUUUUCCUAUUUUUUUUUUUUUUGUCUCGGGCGGGAUAACCAACUUAUUGUUUCCUUCUGUAAAAUUAAGCGAUCGAGAUCCGGGUAUGAUCAGUGCGCAAUGACGGAUGGAUAGGAGAGGUGUUACGUAGAACAUGGCGAAAAUAUCGAAGAGAACUCAGUAAGAUAUGGAAGAGAGAGGUAACCAUUCGUUGUAAAAUUAUAUACCACAAUACAUGUAUCCGAAAUACCCAUUGAUUUCAAUUCGUUUUGAUUUCAAUCAAUUUUGAUGGGGUCCGUUGGGAGGUUCGGGCUUUCAAAGCCCCCCUCCCGGUAUCUAUAUACAUAUAUACAUAAAUAUAUAUCGCUAUACAUAUAUUCGUAUCUGUAUAGUAAUCGCAACUGAAUAAACACACACAAACACCCACAACAUUAACCUUUAAAGAGCCUAAAUCGGAGCAUUCGAUAAUAAAUCAAUUACGAGGGCAAGCAACGUGUGCCAGAAAUGGAAAGAUGUUUAUUUUUUGUCACCGCUUCAUCGAUUAUUCUGUGGAUAUGUCGAUUCGUAUGUUUCAAUUGAUCAAAUUUACAUUUCAGCUAUGAUUUAUUAAAGUUUCUUUUAUUAAGGCUGAGGGCAAGCGAUAAAUUAUCGAUAACUAGCUUCUUGGAUUGAUU